CUUUAACAUCAGUCCAUAGUAUAAAUGGCGACACAUAACCACAUUAUCUCAAGUUUGGGCGUAAAAUCGUAAACGUACCCUUUAUUUUUCUCCUCAUUUUCCCCAAACUUCUCUCUCGUUUUCUGCAAUUCUGUGAACCCAAACCCUAACCCUAAUUCCUAUCCUUCUCUCAAAUUUCAAUCUUCUUUAUCCAAUUUUAUCACUGAUACUCCUCCAAUCAACUUGUUCUACCAUCCGAUUCUCCUGUGUUGUUCUCCAAAUCGCAGUGUUCCGGUGGAUUUUUGCUGAAGAUUUCUCUAGUUCGUCGCUUAGUCGCUGAAUCUAAGAACUUUCGAUUUCUGGGCUAUUUGUAGCAAUUUAUCGGGAAAAAAGCUGUUUCAUCUGUUAUCGGAGGUUCUUGCGGCGGUGAUGUUGCGAUUUUCGGGGUUUGUGAAAAGUCGGUGUCUUCGGUGUUGAGGAUUUCUCCUUUUUAAUGAAGGAAUUCUGGAUUUCUGGCUUCGAUCUGUGAGAUCGUAUCAUUUCGGUUCAAUCUAUGAUUGAUUGGAUUCAAUAUCAUCCGAUUGAUCUUCUUUGAAGCUUAAUUUUGCUUCUAUUGAAGUGUUACGAUUCAGAAUUCGAGAAUUCAGCUAUCAGAGCGGCGGCGGCGGCUUUCGAAGGACUUCGCAGCGAAGAAGUGUACUAGGAGAGGAAUUGAUGGCGGCAAAGAGAUAAAAUUUUUACUUUGUACUUUGUUAUAUUUGAGUUUGAAGUUCAAUUAGAGGCCUUUAUUUUUAAAUUUGAAGGCCUCAUAAUAUCCGUAGUUAGGGUUUUUGAUUGCAUUUUUGUGCGAUAUAAUUUUGUUCGAUUGAUUGAUUUCUUUUUGAAGGAAAGAAAAGUGAAAAAAAAAAAAUUAAUUAUGGCAGUUUAUUAUAAGUUUAAAAGUGCUAAAGAUUACGACUCAAUUUCAAUCGACGGUCAUUUCAUAUCGGUUGCCAAUUUAAAAGAAAGAAUUUUUGAAUCAAAGCAUUUGGGAAGGGGUACUGAUUUUGACCUCGUUGUUACCAACGCUCAAACCAAUGAAGAGUAUCUAGAUGAAGCAAUGUUGAUUCCAAAAAACACUUCUGUUCUAAUACGCCGGGUACCAGGACGUCCUCGCAUGCCCAUUGUUACACAACCGGACGAGCCAAAGGUGGAGGAUAAGGUUGAGAAUGAGCAACAUGCAAAAAACUACUUUGCUGCUGAUUCUUCAGGGUUUGGAGAUUUUGAAGCUUCAGAACUGGAUGAUGAAUUUGGAAAUGAUCUGUAUGCAACAAUACCUGAGAUGACACCAGGACAAUCAGGCAAUCCGAUGCAGGAUUUAGUUCCUGCUAGUAAAGCUGAUGAGGACAGCAAGCUUAAGGCUUUAAUUGAAAAUUCUAGUUUUGACUGGCAGCGUCAACCUGGUGAUGGUUUUGGCACUGGGAGAGGAUUUGGAAGAGGUGGGAGGGGGGGUGGUCGAGGUUUUGGUCGAGGUGGUAUGGAGAGGAAAACACCUCCACAAGGCUAUAUCUGUCACAGGUGUAAGGUUCCUGGUCAUUUUAUUCAACACUGCCCAACAAAUGGUGACCCUAAUUUUGACAUCAGGAAAGUGAAACCUCCUACUGGCAUUCCCAAGUCAAUGCUUGUAGCUACACCGGAUGGCUCCUAUGCAUUGCCAAGUGGCACAUCUGCUGUGUUGAAACCAAAUGAGGCUGCAUUUGAGAGAGAAAUUGAAGGUCUACCUUCUACUCGUUCUGUUGGAGAUCUUCCACCAGAGCUCCAUUGCCCGCUGUGCAAGGAAGUGAUGAAGGAUGCCGUGUUAACCAGCAAAUGUUGUUUCAAUAGUUUCUGUGAUAAAUGUAUUAGGGACUUUAUUAUCUCAAAGUCUAUAUGUGUCUGUGGGACAAGAGAUAUACUUGCAGAUGAUCUUCUGCCAAAUAAGACACUCCGGGAUACCAUUAACCGUAUAUUGGAGUCUGGUAAUAGUAGCGCAGACAAUGGAGGGAGUGCUCUCCAUGUUCAAGAUAUGGAGUCUGCUCGCUGCCCGCAGCCUAGGAUUCCAUCACCUACUCAAUCUGCUGCCUCAAAAGGGGAGCAAAUGCUUCCUCCACGUACUGAAGGAACUUCAAAUUUGAAAGAGAGUGUGGAAGGUAUUAAGCCUAGCCAUGCUUCCCAGUCGCAACUACAGCAGCAUAACUCAGAAAGAGACAAGAUUACAAAAGUUCCAGAUGUGUCUGAAGCUACUCAUGAGUCGGCUAGUGUGAAGGAACCUGUGUCACAGGGUAGUGUUUUACCUGUUGAGGAAGAAGUUCAACAAAAGGUGGCUGUUGGUGAAGCAGUAAAGAAAAAGAAGAAGAAGAAGAAGAUGCCUAUGCCUGGAAAUGCUCCAGACAUGCAAUGGAUGGGCAUGCCUCCUGGGAUGGAUGGAUACAUGGGCCCUAAUGGCUUCAAUCCCUGUUGGCCUGGCAUGCAGCCUGCAAUGGAUGGAUUCAUGGGCCCAUUUGGUGGACAUGGUGGUAACUUGCCUUACAAUAUGGGUUAUGGUCCAGGGCCUAUGGAUAUGCCUUUCGGGAAUGUUUUCCCUCCUGAUCCUUUUGGGAACGUUAUGCCUCCAGACCAUUUUGGAGCACAAGGGUUCAUGAUGCCCGGAAUGCCCCCGAUGUUUCCUCCUCCUCAAAGGGAUCUUGCAGCAGAAUUUGGAAUGGGCAUGAAUGUCAGGCCACCUUUGAUGAGUCGGGAAGAAUUUGAGGCUCGGAAGGCUGAAGUAAGAAGAAAGCGAGAAAUGGAGAGACGGGUUGAGAGUAGGGAACUUCCCAGAGAUCGUGAUUAUAGCAGAGAAGUAAGCAGCAGCGCCAACCCCCCACCCAUGAAGUCAAAACCUAUGCAGAGGCCUCCACCAGCCAGCAGGUCCCCAAGUGAAGACCGUUAUGAUAGUCUCCGGGACCGGGAGAGGGAGAGGGAGAGAGCGAGGACAAGGGAAAGGGCUUCUGUCGAUCGUGAUCGGGAACAUGACCGGGAUCGUGACCAUGAGAGCCACCAGCGACGGACUUCCCACAGUCACAGAUCUGAACGGGCUUCACCUGACAGAACCAAACGUGAUGUGGAAGUCCCUCGUCCGACCCUGAAAAGAAAAUCUGAACACCAUGAGCGUGAUCACAACCAUGAACGGGAGCGCGAUCACCGUGACCACCGUGAGCGUGACCAUAAAUCUGAACGCCAUUCGAAGCUGUCCUCUAAGCCACCAUCUUCGGUAGAUGUGGUUCAACAGUCAUUAGACAAGAAACAUAAGGCAAGUGUGUUCUCGAGAAUAAGCUUCCCGGAUGAGGAGGUUACCAAAAAGCAAAAGGUUUCUGCUGAGCCCAAGCCUAAGCCCAUUAGCAAGGACCAUGAUGCCCACCAUCAUAAGGCAGUGGCAUCAUCAUCUACAGCAAAUGGGCACCAUCAUGAUGCAGGGAAGAAGAGUGUGGCAGCGGCAGCUAUGGAUUAUGAGUCGAGUGAUGAUGAGCGACAUUUUAAGAGGAAGCCUUCAAGGUAUGAGCCAUCACCCCCACGCCGAGAGGAGUGGAUGAGUGUAGAUGAGGAAGAUGGUAGGCGGCAUCGUAAGCACCGGUAGAAUUAAUACUAGGGAACUGAUAUUGUGAGGUUGAAAGAGGAUCAAUUUUCCCUGUUUGGGCAAAUCACUCAUCACUGUAAUCUUUUGUUUUUCUAAACUUUGAUUUGAUGAUUUUUUUAAUAAAAUUGUACCUUUCCCAUCUUCAUUCUUUCUAUCAAAUAUCAAUGAAAUCCACGCAAUUUACAUACAAAGUA